AUGGAAAAACAAGGCCGUCGUCAUCACAUAAUCCCCAAACUCUUCCCCCACUCCGUCUCCGAUUGCUCAUUUAAUGCUUCCGAUGAUGGUCUUGUUGACGCUACCAACAACACUAGUAGCAGCAACCCCUCAAUCCCAAUCCCAAUCCCAAUCAAACAACUUUUCAGACAAACCAAAGAAAUCAAAGUAAUGGAUUUCUUUUCCGAUAAUAAUAUCAUGAAUGAUGAUGAGGAGCCCCGUCGUCAACCCCAACAAGACUGCAACAAUAAUCCUCCGGCUGUUAACACAGGAUUGAAUCUCCUCACUCUAAAUUCCGGAAUUUCAUCAACAUCUGCCAGUGAUAUUCAUCAAAAUUCCAAUAACAAGCUGAUGGCUAGUCUUCAAGUUGAGUUAGAGCGGCUACAUGAAGAAAAUGGCGAGCUCCAAACCAUGUUAGACCAAAUGACCAAAAGUUACAGCCAGUUGCAAGCUCAGCUACUCAUAACGAUGCAGAAACAGGCACAAAUACGAGAGCCGAUUAAGUGUGAGGCAAAUGGCAUGUUGGCCAGACAAUUCAUGGAUCCACGGCCAUCUACAGCUGCUGCAAUAGACCAUGUCCGCGAUCCAUCAGUUGCCUAUUCUUCUGGAAAGACACCGGCUGAUCAUGAAGCCUUCUCAUCAUUCGCUCCAUCAAAUUUGAAUAUAGAGGUGAUGUCAAUGGAGCGUGACCAAUAUCAGAGGAGGCUGCAAACUAAUAUUAAUUGUGCGGAAGAAGCUCUUGACCGGUCAUCCCAGUGUCUGGGGUCCCCUAAUUAUACCAGUAAAAGUAGCGAUCCCAAUUUAUUUGAUGAUGAUAAUGAUGAGCCCAAACGUAGUACUGAUCAAGAACAAGUUCCAGUGGCUGAUCAGAUUCCUUUUAGGAAGGCAAGGGUUUCCGUACGAGCAAGAUCAGAAGCUCCUAUGAUUAGCGAUGGAUGUCAAUGGAGGAAAUACGGUCAAAAGAUGGCAAAGGGUAACCCUUGCCCACGUGCUUACUACCGUUGUACUAUGGCCAUUGGAUGCCCCGUUCGCAAACAGGUGCAAAGAUUGGCGGAGGAUAAAACCAUUCUCAUAACUACUUAUGAAGGUAAUCACAGCCACCCUCUGCCUCCAGCAGCCACAGCCAUGGCCAACACCACGUCAGCAGCAGCUGCCAUGCUGCUAUCAGGUUCAACUACAAGCAAGGAAGCUCACCAAUAUCAUCAUCAUCAUCUAGCAAAUUCUCGCUUCUUCUCCAAUUCCCAGCUGCCCUUCUUCGCUUCGUCCAUGGCCACAUUAUCAGCCUCUGCACCAUUUCCCACCAUCACGCUGGACUUGACUCAGAGCCCCAUGCAGCAAUUCCACCGAAUCCCGCCACCUUCCUCAUCCACAUUUCCUCUGCCUUUGCAUUAUCACCAGCUUAUGGGUGGGCUGGGGCAUCCUAUCCAAGCCCCAGUGUAUUUCCCUCCUAAUUACAAGGCACCCCCACCACCUGCUGGAGUGUCGCUAGGCGGCCAACGUAAUACUAGUACUCAUGAUAGUGGCAUGAUUGAGACUGUUAGUGCAGCCAUUGCUUCUGACCCCAAUUUCACUGCAGCCCUAGCUGCGGCCAUCUCAACUAUUAUGGGGGCACCCCGCCCCCACCAGGGCCACCAGGGGGGGAUUAAUAUUAAUGAUGGAGACAUCGCUAAUAAUAAUGCAGCUAGAGGAGUAGUUGCAAGUACCAAUAAUUCCCCUCCUAGUGCUAAUAUUGGGGUUCCACCCGGAUCAUUACAGCCUGGAUCCCCACAGCUUCCUCAGUCCUGCACCACUUUCUCCACCAACUAA